UUGUAGCAAUGUUGAGAAAAGGCUGGUGUGUCACGCUCAGCUUUAUGCAAUAGUGGGGUGCUAUUCUUGGUGCACUGUCAACAACUGUGUUUUACAUUUUCAUCUAAAUAGUUCAGGUGAACCUCCUGAAAGUCAGUAGUGAAACUAACCCAAAACAUCAGUAACCCCAGUUCAAAAAUGCCGUUUAUUUUCUGAAUAGAAAACACAAGGUGUGAUUUCUAUAUAAUAUGAUUCACUAGAAUAUUACAUGAAAUAUAAUCUAUAAUAUUAUUACAUUUUGAGAUUUAUAUGCCUUUAUUCAACUUUUAUUUGACUGAGAUUUGGAUUGUAAGCAAUAGUAAACGAAACCAGUACACAACAUAAAUAAAUGAAUUACCUAUAACAUUUGUUAGAUUCUGCAAUCACAAAGUUACACUGAGCUGUAAAAGCACUUACAGUCCAUUAUUGCUAAAGAGUCCUGUGUAGUGGCAAGGCCCUGCCAGCCCUGCCAGUUUAUGUAAUAACCCACAGCUGAUAAAAACAAUGAUCUGCAAGACUUUUCAUUAAUGAUUAACUGUUAAGAUAGUUCACACCAUUUAGCAAAAUAUGUUUUAGAAAAGCACCGUUCACUCUCAGGAGACUUAAGUUUCUCCAUAUUCUUUGUUUUGUGUAACCAGCAAAAUAUAUUCAAUUUCUAGAGAAGAAAGGAAGUUAUUUAUGCAAAGACUGAUCCAUCAGUUUCAAACUGGAAUGAAUUAUUUUUCAUUAAAGGUUCAUUUUUCUUUGAAUCAUUGUGAAACAUUAAUAGAAGGUGCCUGUUACAGGUUCCUAUAUCUCAGGUUAAUGUUGCCAACAACCAAACCUAAUAUUCUUUCUAACUAUCAUGGAUGACUGGGAAAAACUGGAAAACAAGAACUUACUUAUAUCUAAGAAAGAAGUCAAAUAUAAUAGUUUUAAACUGAUUACUUAAAAAUCCUGUGUCCUGUGUGUGUGCGUGUGUGUGUGUGUUCGUGGGUGGGGUGAGUUCAGCUAUUGUCCCGUUGUUUUUACAGUCAAGACGUCAUCACUAACAAUAGCCUUUUACUAAAACUAAGGAAGAACUACAGUGAAAUAGACUCUCCAGAAAAUAUAUCAUAUUUCAGACCAAAGAAAAAGCCUUUUGAUCAUGCGUGUUUUUCAAAGCAGUCAUCGUUAACUGUUUGUAGGCUGGGUUUUACUUGUUGCCUGCCUGCCCAACCCGUUUCUGGCCUGCCAUCACAUCACCAUUUAUUGUGUCUAAUUAGAAGUAAUUGAGGUCUCCCCUUCCUCUGUUUCUCCACAUUUUUGUUUAGCCUCUUUCGGAAUAGAGGGUGGCUUUGUGAGAGUGAAUGAGAGUGAAACUCAUUAGGCAAACAAAAAGCUCAUUCUUCCUUUUGGGCUUAAUGAUCAAUGACAGAAGCCUGACUGAAGAUGCUCCAUCCGCUCAGCUUGUGUUUUGCUUAUUUGUCAGUUUGUCUCCAAAUUCAUAUGAAAGAAUUUCUUUGGUUUUAAUACAUAGAUGCCUAUCGCUGUUUUGUACCUUUUUUUUUUUAAUCGCACACAUAUUUUUAGAACUACGACCUGUCUUUGUGGUAUGUCACCGCGCCUUUAACAUGACAUUAAGCUCUUGGGGAAAAACUGUCCUGACUGGAUUCUUUUAUGGUGUGACUGCAUUGUUUCUAGUUUUUUCACACUGGCCUAGAAUUAGCUUUGCAUUUGCAAGAUCAAUCUUCCCUUAACAUUUUCCAAAAACAAAAAAAUAAUAUUUCCUCAAAGAAGAUGAAGCAAGUGGAAAGCACUUGGGCCUGUUUAAAAGGAGCGUUUAUGUCUAUUUACAGCUCUGUAUCUACUGGAGUCUAUAUGAUUCACAGUUCAAAACAAUCCCUGUUUAUCUCGAAUUGGAUGCCUUUAUUGUCAAGAAAACAAAAAAAUAAGAAAAGGAAAAUAAAAAUAUAUACACAUUCUUAUAUAUGAAUACAUAUGCAUACACACAUACAUAUACGCAGGUGGCCAACAAGAAGUCAUCAUUUGGUGGGAGGCUUCCAUUAAAUAAUUACUGCAGCGAUUAACAUUCUUCGGGUGGGAACUGGUUAGUUAACCCUGACUGAUGCAGUGACUAACUUUUUAAACAUUUUUUAAAAAUAUUUUAAAACCACAAUUUCAGAAGCUGCCUCCUGUUGUCAUGGAAGAGAUGAUCGUCUGUUUCAGAAGUGUCCGAUUUUAAGCCUGCAUCAAUCAGAAAACCAAACAGACCAUAAAAUAAACUGUAGAGCUCAUAGCAAACUAAAUGGAUUGGGGGUAAACAGCUGUUUAGCUUUAAGAAAACCGCUUAUCAGUGAGGCUGUUUGGCAAGGAAAGACUUUCACUUUGCUAGGGACUGGACUCUGGAGCAACGGAAAGGUCAAACGGUCAGAUGACUCCACAUUUAUCCUGUUCCAGUGUGACUGGCCCAUUAGGAUAAGAACUGAGCUGAAUGAGGUUUUCCCCCUUAUGAAUAGCAUCUGCUGUACAAGCCUGUGGGGGCAGUAUUAUGAUGUGUUUGCUUCGGUUAGUCAGGUCUUUAAUAUUAAAUCAACCCUGCCUGAAUAUAGUGUCUUUGGGACAUGCUGGAGAAGACUUUAGACAGUGGUCUGACUCCUGCAUCAUCAGUACAAGAUCUUGGCAAAACACUUAAUGCACGUCUAGAAAAUAAUAAAUGUUGUGGCAUUUUGUAAUGCUUUUCAAAACACUGAAAUCUAAAAGGUCCCCAAUUAAAUAGAGUGUGAGGUUUUGGCCAGACAUAAACACAAAUCUACAUGUACACACAGAUAUAUUCAUGUAUAAACAACAGAAAGUAAAAUCCCCAGAGUAAAUUGUAGUAGUAGUAUUUCAGUAAAACAGUAUAGGAUGAGGAGAAGUUCUUUCACAUGAUUAGGAAGUGUUAAAUGCUGUUUCUUAGUCUCGCCCUGAUUGGAUGGUCCUCUACUGUGUCUCAGUUUUAUUUGUUUUAAGGCCACCCAGACUUUGAGACAGAGGUUCACAAACUUCUUCGACAUGCCCCCAAAACUGUUAACUUCCCACAUAGCACAAUUUUUUAUCCAUCAUUAAAUUAUGAUAAAAAGUUUCCUCAUUUUCAUUCGGCUGCUCCCUUUAGGGGCUGUCGCAAUAGAUCAUCUGCGUCCAUCUCAAAAUAUUUCUUGUAACCGUGCAUCAGAAUCCAAUAUAUGUCAAGACAUACUGAAAAAGAUGAUAGUUAAGGAAAUUAAGGUUUCAUCAAGUCCAUCUUUUACUAUUUAUACCAUGGCCAGCAGAUGUCACAGUAGUUGCCGAUUAUCAUUGUUUUAUGAGUUUUAUGUGAUAUAAAUUUGAACAUUUCUAAAUACUUACUUAUACUUAUUAGUUAUUUAAAAACAUAUAGCUAUGACUCACUAUUACCACACAUAUUGUAAGCCGUCACAUUGCAUUAUGUGUCUGGUACUAACACUCAAAUGGCACUGUAGAGUCAAGCUUCCCAUUCUAGGAAGGGUGCUGGAUCAUAACAACAUCAUGGUGGCUUCAGUGAGGGAGAUGAGGCUAAAUUUAUGACCAGCAAACAUGCCAAACCCAUGACAAAAUGUGAUAUCUCUGACACUAGAAGUCACAGACUUCACCUGUAAUCGCUGUGCUGGGUUCGUCUAAACUCUUUUAAAGAGUCAAACUCACAUCAGUGAUAGAAUAUGAAAUCGCUACAGAGGUUUCAUGCAAAAACAAGUUGGUUUUUAAGACCAUUCUUACUCCACUUUAUUUCUCAUGAAAAUAUAAAUAAAAUAAUAUUUUUAUCCGACAUGUGUGCUUUGGAGACUUGGAAACUCAGACAGCAAACUCUAAAUGGUUGGAGAAAUAAAUAUAGAACAAUUUAAUACCAUUCGGGUAAUUAUGUCUUUGUGACUCUCCGUGGUUUAUUUUACUUGAGUGGCUUUCAGUUUGAGGAUCCGGCUUUUAAAAAGUAGCCAGACAGACGGAUAGAUGGGGUCCUUACUUCCUGAUGUCACACGUAAACAGCACUGAUCAUAUUACUCUGCUGAUGCUGCUGUGAUAACAGCGCUGGAAACCUUUACAGUAUUGCGAGUAUCAGUAACAAAUUUCCAGUCACAACCUCAGGCUUAAAAUAUGCACGAUAGCGUCUGAUGCUAUUUAUUUGCCUAAUCUUAUUGGUUGUUUGUGUUGAGCCGGCCCACACCUGUUUAUUAGCUCCGCCCACCGAAAUAACUUCUAUUCGUUUUACCCGUCCAGGCGUCAUUCUAGUUAAGCGACAGUUUGGAAAGUUGUGCUCGCGUAUCUUUGUAUUUAUUUAUUAUUUUUUUAAAGAGACAUUUUCGCUAUAUUAUUUAUGAAGGAUGAAAGUGUCAGGUUUACUUCAGACUCAAGCCAAGUGUCGAAGACCGUGAUUGAAUCCUUAAAAAUCCACUGCCACGAGAGUUUACACACAGAAGGACUUAUUUACCCCAAGAGCAGGAUAAAGAUGGGAAAAUGGCACUUAUCCAUGGACCCGGUUCAGGAGUGGGGCGAAGAGGAGGAGGACGGGGCAGUGUUUGGGAUCACGCUACGCAGGGAGCCUGUGCCGACCUCGACCAUGGGAGAGCUUCCAAUGAGCUUCGUCCAGUACCACACGGUGAAGGUGCGCAGGCUGAAGGCAGCUACCCUGGAGCGUCUGGUUACCCAUCUACUGGACCCUGAGAAAAGGGAGUCCGACUUCAUCCAAGUGUUCCUCUCCACCUACAGGGCCUUCACCUCCACCAGCACCCUCAUUGAGCUGCUGUUUCAGAGAAAUGACUCGGUCACAAACCUGGAUAACUCAGUGAACGCGAACAGUACCUUGGUCCCAGUGAUCCGGCUUUGGUUAGAGGAAUACAGCGAAGACUUCAAUGAGCCCCCUCAGUACCAGGCUCUCCGGACUUUGUGUGUCCACAUGCAACAUCGGCUCUGCUUCAGAUGUUUGGUUCAUCAUGCAGAGGGCCUGCUCAAGAGGUUCCAGGAACAAGAUUGCGGCCAGCCUGCGUCAGAGCACAGCAGUGAAUCACUGCAGCAGGUAGAUGAAGCCGAGAUGUCCACUAAGAAUGAAGACAAAUACAACUUUAUGGACUUCCCCGUGAGGGAAGUGGCUGAGCAGCUGACCAGACUGGACGCUGACCUGUUUGUCAAAGUGGAGCCCUUCCACUGCCUGGGCUGCGUCUGGUCCCAACGUGACAAAAAAGAAAACCGAAACCUGGCACCAACGGUCCGCGCCACCAUCUCCCAGUUUAACGCUGUCACCAACAGUGUCAUCACCUCACUCCUCUGCACAUCCCCGCACCUCCCUUCCACUUCCUCCCCUGGCUUGUCACCUUCUUUGUCCUCUAACUUCCUGUACCCCUCCUCUGCUCCGAGCUCACCUUGCAUCUUGCGCACCAGCCCCUGUCACAGAGCACGCGUCAUCGAGCGGUGGAUCGCUGUUGCACAGGAGUGCAGAGAGCUGAAGAACUUCUCUUCUUUAAGGGCCAUCCUUUCAGCCCUGCAAUCCAACGCUGUGUAUCGCCUCAAAAAGACAUGGGCUGCUGUCAGCAGGGAAAGCAUGGCCACCUUUGACCACCUUUGUGAGACUUUUCCUGAUGAGAACUGUGUGCUGACCAACAGGGAGAUCCUGGUGGAGGAUGGGACUCACCCACACAGCAGUGGCAUGUCGGCUGAUAAAUCACCCCAGCUCUGCUCGGAGUCCAGGCAGAUGAACUACAGCAGUGGUGUGGUACCAUACCUGGGCACUUACCUGACAGUCCUCACCAUGCUGGACACAGCGUUGAACGACACAGUGGACGGUGGCCUCAUAAACUUUGAGAAACGCAGACGGGAAUUUGAGAUUCUUUCUCAGAUUAGGCAGCUUCAAGCUUCUUGUUCCCACUACAGUUUUCCAGUCAACCCUCGUAUCGCCGCCUGGCUGCAGACGCACACGCUGCUCACAGACCAGGAGAGCUAUGAACUGUCUCGUGGACUGGAGCCUCCAGCUGACCUCUGCCCCAGCUCUCCCAACACAUGGAGCAGUUAUCUGCUCACAAGGAAGCUCGCCGCGUUGAGAACAUCUGUCGACACUCCCAUCAGGAAGACCCACGCUGACCAGAUCAGUGUGUCGUCUUCUGGCUCGAGCGGUUCCGACAUGGAGGACCUGUCUGUGCCUCAGCUCUCCCCCCUCAGACUGAAACUAAAGUCGUUCUCGGGCUCCCUUCACAACGUCACAGAAGGCACCUCCUCCGGGUCCUCCUCCCCAUCCCUGUCUAGAUCCUCCUGCAGCUCCUCACAUCCAGACCUCACAUCCCCCUCCCUGGUGCUAAACCCAGACCCAUCGUCCUCAUCAUCAUCCAGCUGCUCUCCUCGGGCGCUGCCUGUUUACAACAAACAGGUUGCUGACUCGUGUAUCAUCAGAGUCAGUGUGGAGUGUGUCAGCAAUGGAAACGUCUAUAAGAGCAUAGUGCUGACCAGUCAGGAGCACACACCUCAGGUAAUUCAGAGAGCUCUUGAAAAGCACAACAUGGAGGACUUCAGUUGCAGUGACUUCGGCCUCUACCAGGUGCUCAAAAAUGGAAAAGAGCUCCAGAUACCUGACAAAGCCAACGUGUUUUAUGCAAUGUGCCCCACUGCCAACUAUGACUUUGUCCUGCGCCAGCGCUGGAGGAGCCACGGGAGAAAUUUUGGCUCUUCAACCAGCCCUGGAGCUCUGCCCAGGUGCCGCCGUGGAAGGUGAAAAGUAUUUGGUCUGAAUGAAAGGAUCGAAGGACACUUUUUUUAGAGCGAGAGUGGAGCUGUUUAUCUGCACCAACCACUUCAAGACACAUCUGUGGCUGUUUGCAUCUACUCAUCAAGAUGAGAUUGUUACUAUGUAGCAGCAGACGAGAGCAGAGAUUCCCAGACUUCGACUGAAACAUAACCCGGAGAAGUUCUCAUCGAAGCUUAAUAUUCAUCAGGAGCAGCACUGGAACAAAAGCGAUCCCGUGCUCCUUGAAAAAGUUUGAAGGAAAUGUUCAGAUAUACAUAAGACUGAAUGCAAAGAAUAACCUGAGUAACAAAAAGUGCAAUCUCACCAAGGAUUGGUGCCACGAAGAACUCUUCAGCUUUCACCGCAGGAGAUGACACAUAUCAGGAUCAGCUGGUCUUACAAAGCAGUCCUGUGUCAUGACCCAAAAUUAACUUGCUGUGUGGCUUCUGUCUGUGACCAGUUUAGCACACAUGACACUUUUCUCUCAGCCUGUUCGGCUGCGUGAGCAACAGGGGCUGCUGUCUUUCACAAACCCGGCAGAACAAAUGGAAGAACAGUGAGUCAGGAUGAUUAAAUAUGAGAUGUUCGCUCUCAGAUGAUGAGCACAGAUUCCCAAACAGAUCGAGGUUGAAUUUUACUCAUGCUGAGUGCAUUGGAUGGAGUGAAGCUCUGUUUAGACCAACACCUACUGACCCUGAUGUGGACGUGUCUGCAACAAGUAUUCAUUUGUUUUGUAGUAAAUGAUUUCAAUAUUUUAAUGUAACUUAAUGAAAUCUUGUCAUUUAAAAUUAUUUAUAGUGUUUCAGUAUUCAGCUUUUAGAGCUACGGUGAUGUAGUAAAAACGUGUCUGUAUGUUUUUUCAUGUUUUCUAGUCUUUGAUGAAGUGCUGUAGAAAUCAUGUUAACAUUUAGUUCUCAUAAGCUCAACUCAGUUUUGUAUCUGUUUGAUCGAAGAAAGCUAUUUCUCUUUUCUUUUUCUAUGUUUCUUUUUUAAUUUGCUACGGUGAAAUGAAGGACUCUUUUUAAGUAAGAUAAUAUGCACAUUAUGUAUGUUUAUAUAGUCUGUGGCCUUGCCUGGAUUGUGGCAUUUGUUUUAAGUUUUAAUGCUUACAUGGGACAUCACACAGAUCAUUUUCCCCUACCCAAACUGUUAUUCAGGUGCCGCUUAUGGUCACUAAUGUCUGUAAUCUGGGGUAAUUAUAGACCACCAGGCCUACUAUAAUAAGUCAGUUUGCAUGCAUCACUGUGCAUGAAAUUAAUCUGAAAAAUGGUUCUCGUAUGUGAAAAUAAGGAUGAACUAGCAUGUGAAUUAAAUUAGCAGGUUAGAGCUACUCUGUGAGGCUAAUCCUCCUGAAAACUACCAGCCAGAUGUUUUUAUGCAUCUAAGAUGAAAAUUUAAGUCAAGUUCAAAAGUGUUCAGUCACUGAACAACAUAAAAUAUUUUUUGUUUUGUUUUUUUAGCUUUUGCACACUGGUGGGUUGUUUUUUGCAGGAUUUUGCAUCACCCAUUCAUUUUAAAGCUUCUAUGAUCUGGUUUUAAAAAAAAAUCAAGUGAAAAGUUGGUAGCAAAAGGAGUGGCAGCUGCAUUAAAUGAAGGAAAUGAAUUAGCAGGUUUUCAUCUUUGUUUGUUUUUUUGCACAUCAGAAGUUCUGUAUGAACAUUUUUUAAACACUUUAUUUCAGCAGAUUCUUUAUUUAAGUUUCAUCUAAGCAUUUGCUCAUAAUAACUGAUGUUAAAUGUUUAGUAAUAAAAUGAUUUUUGUCAUAGUGA